AUGUCCUGUCUGCAAAUCAGAGGGCUUCUUCUCGUUCUGUGCUUGGCUCCAAUUGCAUUAUCGACCCUGCACCCUGAAUGCGAGUACAUAUUUCAGCUGGAGAAAGAUGAGCGUCACUGCCUUCAGUACAUUGCAGAGCAGGGCAACUCAAGUGCAGAAGGUUGCCAACCAUUCUGGGAUAAAGUCGUCUGCUGGCCUCAUGCCGUUGUUGGGGAAACAGUCGACAGAGCUUGUCCUGCUGUUUUCUCCCUCUUCAAAAACAGCACAGGGUCAGUAAGCCGCAACUGCACUAAUGGGGAUUGGUCCGGACCCUUCCCACCGUACCACAUCGCCUGCAGUGUGGAUGAUGACAUUCCUGAGACAGAGCAGUCAUACUUUGCCACAGUGAAGCUGAUUUACACCGUCGGUUACAGCAUCUCUCUGGUGGUGCUGACUGUUGCCGUGUUGAUCCUGCUGCUCUUCAGGAGGCUGCGUUGUGCCAGGAACUGUAUUCACAUCCAGCUCUUCAUUACUUUUAUCCUGAAAUCUGUAGCGGUGUUUAUAAAGGAUGCUGCUCUGUUCUCAAGUGAUGACACCGACCACUGCACCCUUUCCACAUUUGCCUGUAAAGCCUCUGUGGUCUUCUGUCACUACUGUGUAAUGGCCAAUUUUCUCUGGCUCCUGGUGGAGGCGCUCUACCUCAAUUCCCUGCUGCUCUCCUCCUUCAGUCACAGCCGUCGAUGUCUCUGGGGCUUCGGCCUGCUGGGAUGGGGUGUACCUGUUCUCUUCAUCAUGAUCUGGAUUGGAUCCAGGGUGUAUUUUGAGGACACAGAAUGCUGGGACAUCAAUGAGGACUCUCCCUAUUGGUGGAUCAUCAAGGGACCAAUUGUUGUGUCCAUAGCGGUCAACUUUAUGCUCUUCAUGAAUAUCAUCAGGAUUCUCGUACAGAAGCUCAAUCCUCGUCUGAUCCAGUUCAAUAACUCCUCUCAAUACAGACGCCUGACUAAAUCCACCCUCCUCCUCAUCCCUUUGUUUGGCACUCACUACAUGUUCUUCAAUUUUCUGCCCGACUACUUCAACGUUAACCUGCGCCUGUGUAUCGAGCUCUGCAUGGGAUCCUUCCAGGGGCUUCUUGUAGCAGUUCUCUAUUGCUUUCUCAAUCAAGAGGUCCAGAAAGAGGUUCACAUGCAGUGGCUGAGGUGGCAGGAGAGGAGUUAUGGGGUGGUAUCCCCUGCUGCAAAGGGCAGCCAGAUGGACACACCCUUCUAG